CAUGUCUUACGUUCCACCACACAAGAGGCACACAAAGGGUUCGCCGUCGCGGGAACCAACUCCCGCACCGGAAUCCCUCAUACCUGCCUUCAGAAAAAACCUGAAUUUCAAGAGAAAGGAAAAGUUUCUGUUUGAGAUCCGUUAUGCUCAUGGUGCAGUUAGGAAAUGGUUCCCUGUUGGUUUGACUGAUGAUUCUCACUUUUCAUCUCUUGUGAAGCUCCAACGUCUUUCUAUCGACCGAAAAUCUGACGAAAAUCCUCUUCGUUUGGUCCUAAUGCAAGGUUGCAGUGGAGGAACAAAUGAGCUUAUGGAUGAGCCAUGGCGUUUGGUGGCUAAUAGUGUGAUGGAGGACUUACUUUUGUCAUUUCAACAUGUGAAAUGUGAAAUGGAGGAAUCUAAUACGGAAGAAUUGAAGCUGAGUCUAGUUGCUCGUUUUGGAAGAAUUCUGUUUCAUGGGAUUUCUGCAAAAAGUCAAGAAUCCCUGAAAAGUAACCUAUUAAGUGAAACUACGUUGAGGCAAAUGAAAAAAUCUUUCUAUACCAAUGUUCCUCUUUCAUCUAUGGAAUAUAUACGAAACCUUGCAGUUCAAAAACUUGACUUAGAAUGUGUGGAGGAGAAGGAAUUAUACUACGUCAAGCUUUCAGACAACAUGCGCGCUGAUUCAACUGUCACCUGCAAAUGUACGGUGGUCAAGGAUCAGGAGAAAAUUCAGCUCCAUAAGAUUGAGCUGAACCAAGUACGCAACAUGGUUGCAGACAUGAGCUGUCUUGGCAAAGGCUUAGACCUGAGGUUGAUGUUACAUACCAAGAAAAUCAUGAUGGGUUUAUCUGAUGAUGAGAUCAAUGAAAUAAAAAAUCUUAUUGGUUCUGCCGUUUUGGACUCAGAAGUUAAGGGUGGGUUGAGAUGGCCCUUUGGCGAGGAUUCUUCAGGGAGUCAAUAUGCUGUUACCGGUGCCUGGCACACAACUGCAAAAUCAUAUGGAAAUUCGUCAAUUAGGCUUAAGCUUAGACAUGCAGAUCGAUUUGAUUUCAGAUCUUCAACUGGUGAGGUUGCACAUGAAGCUAACCUGAAAAUGCCUGGGAUUUUAUCCCAAUUGCAGGAGCAAACGAUUGAUGAAAAGCUGGUGCUUAAAAUGCUUGAAGACAACUUGAAGUUAAUAUGGGAUCACUGUUUGUCUGAUGGUUCUUCAAGCUGUUCAUGAUUCAUGGCCCUUCACAUUUGUUUUGCAGAAACUGCUCGAUUCACAAGCUAUGUUCGGUUAGUGAAGAAAGUUUACCUUUUGUUUUUUGUGGCAGCGGGGUGGAAUGUAUUGAUGUAGAUUCGGUUGGUGAAGAAAGUUUUGUUAUUUUGUGCCUGGUGGAAUGUAUAGAUGUAGAUAACUGAAUUUUUAAACCCAAAACGCUGAAGUGUAUUUUGCACAAUGUAGAUUGUGUAUGGAAUGAAAUGAAUCAAGGCCUCUGAUGUUAGUGGCAUCAGUAAGGAACACUGGAUUGUAAAUAGUUGUGUUGUGUUAACAAUGUAAUGGAUCGAACUUGUUAUUAACGUUCUGUUGAGUUAACAUAUUUGAUUUUGCAUUCUGGAAAUACACUAGGUAUUC